AUGUCCCCAUCAAUUCUCUCUUCGAACGCCAGCCCCAUCAACAUUGGCACCCACUCCCUCGCCCUAUAUGCCCACGGGCCAGAACCAAACAACUCCAAUGAACCCGUCGUCCUAUUCAUCUCGGGCGUAGCAAGCUCCAGUCUCAACUGGGCAGCCGUGGUGCGGCUUCUUCCUCCCUCGCUGCGAAGCUAUACUUAUGACCGUUCCGGCUAUCGUAACUCGGAACUGUCGCCCCUGGAGCCCACGGCCGAGAAUAUUGCUCUAGAGCUUUCGCUCUUGGUCAAGAACGCCCCCAUUGAGAAUCCUCUCAUCAUUGUGGGUCACUCCUGGGCCGGUGUACUCAUAAGUGAGUUCAUCGCCCUGACGGGAAUUGGUCGACAUAUCGCCGGCCUGGUGCUCGUCGACGCCAACCAUGAGAUCGCGCCACUGGUUCUGGACGUAAAUGAUCCAAAUCUCCUAGCCAUUGCCGAAGGUGUUGAUUUUUAUUCUGGCAUUGGCGUUGCGGCAGAGCAUAAAUUGAUGCAGGAAGAGUGGGAUGCUUUCCAAAGCGACGAAUCCACCGAAAAGUACAAACUGAUUGCGCACAAGGAGGAUGAGGAGCAGUACGCACUGAGCUUUGAGACACUGCGAAAGAAGGAGUUGAAUAAACAACAUCCACUGCUUGGGGACAAGCCGGUUUAUGUUAUUGGCAGCUUCCGGAGUAGGGAUUGGACUGGGCUGUACAAAGCGGGAGUUGAGAGAGGGAAUGGCACUGAGGAGCAAAGGGGUCAUGUUAGAGAGUUGAUCAGGACGGCUGAUCAGAAGAGUGAGAGUCUUAUGAAGGAAUGGCUGAAGAUUUCGACAAAGAGCAAGCUUGUAUAUGCCCGCGAGAGUGGACAUUUCAUUCAGUUGACUCAGCCGGACGUUGUUGUCCACGGAGUGAAAUAUGUCCUAGACAAUAUACAAACAUGUUAG